AUGAACUGCGCAGAUACAGUCCCGCAGGCGCCCACUUGGGCCGCCCAAACAACCGAAGAGGAGGACCUCGAUGAGCCUCCCGAGCUACAGCUUCAACACCCUAAGCCCCAGCAGUUCCAGAGAGCCCCGAUUCGACGUCCCUCCGAGCAGCCCUCGCUCCUCACAAGGGCUUUCAAGGAACAGGACCAUGAUGACUUUCGCGAGCCUCCCCGCUCCAUCCUCACCACCAGCAGCCAGCGUCGCCGCUCCAUGGCCAGCACUGUCAGCAUCGCCUCUACUGCCGACCUCACCAGCGACACUGGCCUGACCAGCCCUUCUCGCACCAACACGCCCAGCCCUCCUAUUCCUGAGAUGGCCAUGCUCCGCCUGAACAGGGACGGGUUUCGCAUCAGUCCCAACGCUGCUGCCCCGAGCCAUACUGCCGAGGGACAGGCCCAUGAGGCUCCGAAAGAAGCUCCUCGCAAACGCUGCAUCCAGUUUGCGUGCGCUGCUAAACCUCAGCAAGACACCACUGUCAACUCGGCUCCUUCUGAGAAGGCCCCUGAGACGCAGGAGCCGCGACGCUCAUGCAUCCGUUUUGCUUGCCCACCUCGCCCUGCAGAGACUCACAAUGCACAACCCAAAGCUGCUGAGCCUUCCCUUUCAUCCACCUCGCUUCCCGCCGCUGAGUCACCUUCUACUCCAAAGAAGACUUCGGCUCUCACAGCUGCCUUGGCUGCUAGCCCUACUACCAUCCGCCGUCCUUCCAACCGACCCCAGGCUGCCAGGCCCAAGUUCCUGCGCGCCAACUCGACAGACCUCGUCAAGGACUCUUCUCAGUUUCAUGAGUUUGCCAGUGGCAUUUCCCGUGAAGACGACUGGAUCCGCCAGGACAACAACGUCGCCCUUCUCACCAAGCUCACUAUCAAUGAUACUCUGACCAAGGAAAUCAACUUUCGCCGCCUUGCUGAUGAGGCUGAAGAGGAAGCGCUCCUGGAAGAAGACGAGGAGAAGGAUGAAGGCCUGGAAGAUGACGAUGACGAGGAUGAUCAAGAUGACGAAGAGGAUGGGGGCGAGGACGAGUACGAUGUGAACAUCGAGGAUGAAGACGACGAGGAUCUGGACGACUGUGAUGGCUACUCCACUGACGAGGAAACCGGCUUUGCCGACUCUGACGAUGAUGAGGAGGAUGAGAACAUGAUUCUCUGGACUCCCAGCCAUGCCAAUGCCACCGGCCACAGUUCCAGCACCCUCCUGGCUCGCCGUCCUUCGGCUGCUUCCCAGCUCUCAGAUUGCUCCACCAUCUCCAACCGCAGCCGCAAGGUUGCCCGUCGCUCCAAGCCUCGUGAUAUCCAUUCGGACCAUGAGGCACAUGAUCUGCCCGACAGCACCGACUUUGUCUGUGGUACUCUCGACGAGGACCGACCACUGGAGGAGGCUUAUAUGUCUUGUCUUGCUGCUCGCCGAAAUGAGAAGCUGCGCAUUAUCCCUCAGGAUAUUGACCCGAGCUUCCCAACCUCGGAUCCCGAGAACGACGAGGAUGACGAGGAUGAACGUCGCAACGGCAGCGACGAGGCUACUUGGAUGCCCGCCAAGAUGGAUGACAUUCAUGACGACGACAGAUCCCGCCGCCGCAGAAAGAGUGAGCAGGCAUCGCCUCGCAAAUACCACUCUCCCCCGCCCAAGCGACGCUUGUCGCCGGCCCCCAAGCCCCGUGCUCGCUCCCCGAAGCCUCUUUUCGAUCGUCGCUCGCCCCGUCGCAUGCGCUCUCCUGCUCCUCGUGCUCUCACCACGCCCCUUCAAUCUCCGCGUCAAGGCGAGGUCGCUCACUUCAAGCUUGCUGGACGUCCUGAUGUGACUCAUACCAAGUCACUGCCUCGCCCUACUGCCAUGAUUCGUUUCAAGUCGACCCGUGCGCCCAAGCGAUUGGACGAUGAGAUUCAUAUCCGUGGUGCAGUGGAUAUCGUCAAGGGUCUUGAGAAGAAGCGCCAGAGGCGUAAGGAGAAGUUCAACCAGAAGUACUGCAACAAGGCUCGACGUGGGCAGAUCCCCGAGCGAAAGACGCAGCCGGGCCGAGGAGCUGAGCGCAUGAAGGAGCUUGGUCUUCUCAUGGCUGGCAAAAAGGAUCCCGGCAACUACGUGCUCUCUGUCUAG